GACGCCGAGAUGGAUUGGCUCAACGGCACUGGACUGGACACGGUCAUCCACCUGAACUCGUCCCGGGGCUACUCACCAGCAGCCGUCGCCAGCAUCGCUGCCCUCGUAAGUUUCCUCAUCUUAUUCACGGUGGUCGGCAACGUGCUGGUGGGGAUCGCCGUGCUGACGAGCCGCGCGCUGAAAGCCCCCCAGAACCUUUUCCUGGUCUCCCUGGCCACGGCCGACGUCCUGGUGGCCACUCUGGUCAUGCCCUUCAGUCUCGCCAAUGAACUCAUGGGCUACUGGUAUUUUGGCAAAGUUUGGUGCGGCAUUUAUUUGGCGCUGGACGUCCUGUUCUGCACGUCCUCCAUCGUGCACCUGUGCGCCAUCAGUCUGGAUCGCUACUGGUCGGUCACACAAGCCGUCGAGUACAAUUUAAAGCGGACUCCCAAGCGGGUUAAGUGCAUCAUCUUCCUUGUGUGGCUCAUAUCUGCUUUGAUUUCCUCGCCGCCGUUGUUGUCAGAGAGAAACAAGGAGAGAAGCGCUCAGCCCCAGUGUGAGCUCAAUGACGACAGUUGGUACAUUAUCUCUUCCAGUGUAGCGUCCUUCUUUGCCCCCUGCAUCAUUAUGAUCCUGGUCUACAUCAGAAUUUACCAAGUGGCAAAAACCAGAACCAGGAGCAUAUCGGAGAAGAAGCAGGCAGACGGCGGAGGCGUUAAAACCGAGAACGGGCACUGCCAGUGUCCGCCCACCCCCAGCCACCGGACGGCCACGCAGGGGCAACACACGGAGGAAGCCGAACUGGAUGAGAGCUCCUCGUCGGAAGGGAAAGGCGGUGGGACGCGCCAAGACUCCCCUCAGGAGAACCCAAAGAUGGCCUCCUCCAAACAGCCCACGCGGAUCUCCAGAGUCAGCAACAAGUCCAUCGACCUUUUCGCCUCAAGGAGGAAACGGAGGAGCUCCAUCGCACUGAAGAAGGUCUCCCAAGCCCGGGAGAAGAGGUUCACAUUUGUCCUCGCCGUGGUGAUGGGGGUGUUUGUCGUGUGCUGGUUCCCGUUCUUCUUCAGCUACAGUCUGUACGGCGUGUGUGGGGACUCCUGUAAGAUCCCGGACCCUCUCUUUAAGUUCUUCUUCUGGAUCGGGUACUGCAACAGCUCACUCAACCCGGCUAUCUAUACCAUAUUUAAUCGUGACUUCAGACGGGCCUUCCAAAGGAUCCUGUGCAAGUCGUGGAAAAAGUCCUGCUAG